ACGAAAUGUGUAGGUCUACGUGUGGUACAUGAUAAUUUGAAAAGGUCAUCACUUUCCUUCAUUCAUGGUGUUCAUGAAGAACGUUUCUCCACUUCAUUGGAUCAGGCAGGACCCCCUAUAUUUCAGGAACAUGCCAAGCUAAAGAGACACAGCGAAGUCAGAAUGUCGGUUGCUGACAAGUUGAAUAAAUUGCUGGAUUCGUGCAGGGAGCAUGCGGACGAUGCAAAUCGUCCCGAUGGACCUUCUCAAAAGAGCAAGAAAGAGCAGAUAUCUCUGUGUCACAAUGUUGUGGACUUGGUGUGCAGUCCGCAGCUGCGCAUGGAAACAUUCAAUAGGAACUUGGCCGAGUUCAAUAGGCUACUAGGGCUGAGCAUGGAGCUCCUUCUUCGUACAUGUGAGCACACAGAGACAGAUAUUCGACUAGUCGGUGAUGAGUGCCUCAACCGUCUUAUCAAGGGUCUUAUGGACAGUGCAAUUGGCCGUGUUAUUGUGGAGCUCUUCAAGGAAAUGAGACGGAAUUCAUCUCCUCGAACUCUGAAAGCUGCACUUUCCCGCUUUGCCGACCUGUGUCACCUGGUUCGAGUACAGAAGUGCCGGCAAUACGUUGAGGGACUUAUACCUGUCUUGGCACAGCUGUUGCAGCGUGAAGAGGAGACGAUACAGGAUUGUCUUUCAUCCACCAUGCCCAAGCUGAUGUCAGUGUUUGGUAGAUUCAUGAAUGACAAAGAUGUGAAGAAUUUGAUGACAAUCCCAUUGGCACGGUUGAACUCAUCAUCCGCGUCCGUGCGGCGCAUGGCCUCUUUUGUAUUGGCCACAGUGUGCCAGUACUCUCGUAAACCCAAGCACUUCUCAGCUCUGUUGGUGCAGAGGUUGAUGUCUAUGGUGUUUCCAGGCCCGGCAUUGGCUACGGAUGGGUCUCUGUACCUUGGUGUACUGAUGUGUUUGCGUCACUUGCUCGGUCCCAAUCUACUGGGUGGUAAUUAUGAAGGAAGUGAGAAUUCCACUGACUCUGGCCUCAUCCAUGAUCGUGGACGGCCGAAGGAGCUGGAGGUUUCACAGUCUGAAUUAGAGCUGGCCUUCAGCCUUUUGCUGUAUUGCAGCCAGCACUCCGACCAUAACGUUAUCACAGCCUCUCUUGAGACCCUACAACAGCUGCUCCGUCAGCCCCCUGUUCUGCUACGCAAGUGGCUGGUUACGGCGGGUCACAAGAUGGGUGCCAAUGAAGCCUUUGUCCAGUCGGAUGUAGCCAGUCAGUUGGCACUAGCAUGUCGCCUAUGUGCGAGUACUCGUCUUGCUAUACCUGGGCAAAUGGAUGCCUCAUCAUUGGGUGGCAGUUCUAUGGAUUUAAAUGCAUCUAUUGACAGCAAUGCGUUGGCUGAUUCUUUUAUUGAAGUGGAGAUGGCGCUGGCAUUGGAGAAUGACGAUACCGAUGGUCCAGUGGCCAAAGCAGAGAAUCUAGAUGCCCCCAUGGCACAGCUUACUGGUGUUACGCCAUUGUCUAUUGGUGUGCAACCAGCUGAAUCUGUAACCCCUCCACCAGCAGAUGACUCAACAUCGGUGCACCUGAGUGCUGAAACGUCUUCUUACUGGCCUUGGCAACAGAACGAGCAGGAUGCUUUUCGCAUCCCAGUGGUAUUCGCUGUUAAUCUCCUCUCCUCGUCUUUCCUGCUUAGCGGCCAAGCCGGUGGACUGAUUAAUGAUCGUAAAGUGCGUGUCAGCGUCAAGUCCCUGGCACUUUCCUGCGUUGGAGCUGCCGUCCACCUCUGGCCAGCAUCACUUCAAGGCCAUGUAUAUCCACUAUCAUCCUCUGCUCAGCAAACACAGGAGGAGCACUCGCAGCAGUUGCUACGUGAUGUCCUUCUGUUCAUGAAUCACUCCGAUCAGCAGCUACGAGGCAAUGCCGUCCUUGUUGUCGGCCAUCUUCUACCAGCUGCACUGUCUUUGGGAAGGGGUGAUUUUACCAGUUGGUCUCUGGAAGCUGCACAGGGCUAUGACACUGAUGCAUUCAAACUGGAUGACUUAGUGGACAUGAUCUGUGUUGGCCUGCGCGACUCUUCGUCGAUGGCAUCUCGCAUGGCGUGUAUUGCAGUGCGCACUAUCCUACCAAUGUUAAUGGAUAGUCGACAGGCACUGGCUAGUUUGCAGCUACUGCAGGCCUUGCUACAGCUCAAGUCGGACACCUACUGGCUUGUGAAGGCUGAGCUGCUGGAGAUUAUGGGCUCACUAGACUAUCAGUUAUUACACUUCCUGGAGUCAAUGAGACGCCAGCAGCCAACAUCGGUUCGACUUGCUGCCAAUAGUAUUCAGCAGCAGGUAUUGCAUGCCGUUGUUCUACCUCUACUUGGAGACAGUGAUAGCCGAGUACAGAGCUGUGCUGCACAGACACUAGUGAAACUUGUAUCCAGGCUGUAUUAUGUUGAGGACUAUGGUAAACAAGGCAUCCUGACUACCAUGGCUUGUCAACAAGCAGAGCAUCUUUUCUUGACGCGUUUAUCCUUAAGGCAGCCUACUUUUGAUUCCUCACUGGUAGUCUUGCUAUCGUCCAAGACCAAAGCGGAGCAGGAUAUUGGUGGUAGUAGCAGUCAACACCCUCCAACACUACUGGCUGCACUGGAGGCUAACUUGUCACGGGUCUUGGUGGCUUUGAAUCAGAUGAUACUGUCUGCUACAUCAGUUACCUUGCAGAUUGGUGUGUGCGGUGCCCUGAAGGAACUCUCUGAUUCCUACCCAGUUCACCAACACUCAUCAGCAUGGUGCAAUGUGUCAUGCUCCAAAGCCGGCUCAUCCUCCUCAGCCUUGACCACUUCAUUGGCACCUUCCUCAGCGAAAUCAGCGUCAGGAGGAGCAUCGCAGACUAGUGUAUCUAACAAGUCUCAACCAGCAUCUUCCUCUACUACCCUCUCUACUAGUGCUGACACCAGUCGUGGUAACAACACGGAUAGCACAGCAUCAGCCAAGUCAAAACAAGAUACCUUGACCGUCAAGGCCGGUUCAGAUUCUGCAGAAGGACAGGAGUCGCCUGGUAAGGUGCGGCGAUUCUUCAACAAGUCCACUCCAUCCACUGCUCAGCAAAGCAAUGCAUCUUCCGGUUCUGUGCCGGCUGAGAAACCUAAAACUGGUUUGUUCAGCUUUGUCAGCAGAAGUAAAGCCACAUCGACAACCAGCGCCAGCAAGGAGAAUGCAACAGCAGUGCUUGUCUCUAACCCUUCUGCUGCUCGCAAGGAGUCAACGAGUAAACUGCCCGAGGUCAGUCAGGCCGCAGUAGUGCAAGCAGAGCAACGUGAGGAGAACAAGCGCAUCGUGUGUCAGCCUGGUUCUUUGCCUUUACUUGUUGCAAUGAUGACAAGUACGGCAUUGGCACAUGACGUACAGGCACAUCAGAAUGCACUGGAAGUUUGUGGACGUAUGCUGUAUGGUCAGGUGUGCCAUACCUUGUCCAAUACUCCCACACACCUGUUGAAUCAACAGUUGAACAGUGGUGCACCAAGCAAAGCUGGCAAGGAUGAUGCCAGUGCUGUCCCCUGGCCGUCAUUUAAACAACGUGCUCUUGUACCCAUAGCGCAGAGAAUGCUAAAGCACCUUGUGCGGCUAUUGAACAUUCAAUGUCAUGUUAUUGAUGGUAAGGAGUUGCCGCCACUCUUCUCCCGAGAAACAUCUAAGGCUCAAGAACAGGCUGGCACACAGCCUGAAAAAGUGGAAUCGUCUCAAGGACCUGUGGGUUCAGUUAGCCCCAGCAAGAAGCCAUCUUCAACCAGUGCACUGCAGGCACCUGGUGGCAAGAUGACUCCAGAUUCAGCCAAGCCCAGUUCCAAGCCGACCGGUAACUCUCCGAAUACCAAGGAGCAAAGUGCAAAGGAGGCCGCAGCUGCCGAAACCAACCCCAAGUCCACUCUUGGUAGCUUCUAUCACUUGACGCAUUAUCGAAAGCUGUUUGAAGUGUGCAGUGGUGCGUACCGGAACUUCAAGUCAACUGUCGAUACGAAUGCUGGUGACAAGUUUGGCGGAUUUCUCCAAGCAACACUGAAUGUGCUGUCCUUGCUGCUAGAGAUUGCAAGCAGCUCAGAUGUUGUCAAGCAUUGCGAGGAGAUCAUUGGGUUUCUAACAGUGACCAUGCAGCUCAAUGCCUCAUCCACUCUUGUUUGUCUCCAACAGCUAUUCCGAGUGGUGUUUGAAUCCAACUGUAGCUACAAUCCGCCUGCACCGGCGUUUGCUCCCAUUGGACUACCUACGUAUGCAGCGUCUCUGUUCUCAUCUUGUGUGGAACUACCUCGUAAGUCAGUUGUAUCUGCAGCCAUGUCCACCCGUGCCACAGUGGCUCAGUUGAGAGAACGACUGGAGGGCAGCAUGAAAGCACAGAAGGAGUUGAGUCCAGAGGAAAUUGAGUAUGAGAAGCGGCAUCUUCGCCGACGCUUCCCAUCCACACCUAAGUGCAAUAUGACUCACAUAGGUUCCUGUAUCAAUCAUUUUGAGCCACUGGUAGUGCGUGCACUGCAUGUCUACAUCACCACACACUCCACUAGUGUCCAGCAUCAGAUACUCUGCUUGCUCAUGAGACUUGUCAACCUGCGCGUCAAUUAUGCUAUGUUGGAUGCUGACCAGAAAUUUGUGAAGUCCUUGAUGAGACAGUUGAGCUAUAUUGAGCAAGGCCACUUUGUAAGAGAUGCGGGUGAGAUCAUUCCGUCCAUGUUCCAGUUUCUCAUCCUGCUCUCUUAUGAACGUCACAACGUCAAGGCCAUUGUUCAAGUUCCUCAGAUCAUUCAGCUUUGUGACGGUAUCAUGGCCAGUGGAGAAAUGGCUGUUUCGCACGCUAUUCCUGCCUUGGAGGCUAUUGUCAAUGACCUAUUUGUACUUCAGUAUGCUGGAACUGAUGAAGUAUAUGAUCAAGAGAUGGAUACUCAGCGUGAUGCUGUCCUGGCUAUGUUGCUGCGCUUGAUCCAGCGGUGUGAGGGCUUGAAGUUGUUGACGUUGGCGUUACGCCAUUCUCACUCGCGACCAAUCAAGUGGCAGAACAGGUCGCAGAUGGUUCAGGCUAUGCUGACUUCUCGCCUCUCCAAACAGCAGGUGAACAUUGACAACAUGGAAGCUGUGGUGCUCCUUCGACGUACCUACUCAGCCGUCACACCAGACUCUAUAGAUAUCACCAGUGCUAUUCGACUGCUUGUGGCUCCGGUCAAAAUAGAGGCUAGCCCGGUAACAUUUCACAGGUGGUUGGGCACUGUGUUUGUUCUUUUUCGAGUGCUGAUGACUUUCUCAAGUGAAGAGCAGAUGUUUAGCACAAUCCAAUCCAUGAGUUCUCUGCCCAGUCCAUUCUGGUCUCUACCAAGCUCAGUUCAAGCGCCAGCCAGUGUUGAUAGCAGUCAGCCCGCCAAAUUCUUGAUCUGUUUCUUGGCAUCGGUCAUGUGUCGUGCAUUCCAUCACAUCCUGGUUGCUGGUGAUCAUGUACUCACUGUGGGCAGCGGCCAUGUGGAGUUUGUGUGUCAACUCACUGGACAGUUGAUGCUCGUAUGGCAGACACUAUUGCACAGUGGCUUUCCUAAGUUGGCACAAGCGUCACAGGCGGUAGCAGAAGCUGAGAAUGACUUCCUUCCGCAGAUCAAUGCCGUGGCACUGCAACUAGCGCACUUUCAACCAGUACUGCUGCUCUCCUGGUCACACGUUCUACUCUACAGUCGGUUUGAUCGCUGGAACUACUGGCAUCAGCUACUUGAGCCGGGCUACCGACAAGAUGGGGAGGCACUAAGUUCAGACAAUGAACAAGAGCAUCAGUCUUCAACUGCAGUAGCCAACCUGUCCUGUAGCCGGUCGCAUCGAAUCCUUCAAGCUGGUGCUGCUGCUCUUUUCUCUCACUUUGUUUUGAAAUUUGGCAACAGGAGCACUCUGAUCUUUUUGAAGAGACAUUGCAGUCUGCUGGUGUCACUGCAACAUGAACCACCUGUGCUGCAACUCAUCAAGAGUGUGCAGAACUCACAGCAGAUGGGAAGUGUCUUUCUCAAUGUCCUCUCGCAGCGUGCUCCGACAUGGAUCAACUGUGUGAAAUGGCAGCAUUCUCUACUGCAAGUCCUUGCUACGGCGCACUUUGGCUGUUUGGCCACCGUUCUGGAGCUGCUUGUCUGCUUGGUACUGCCAUCGGAGCAUCUACUUCCCGCGUUCCGUGCAUCCAUUGCCAAGCUAGCUGUUCAGCAUAUUGAGAAAGCUCUGGAUUUCAAGGAUGGGCAACUCAACUCACUGCUGUCAAGUAGCACGGUUGAGAAGUUACAUGCAUCAUGCAAGUCACUGCCAAAACAUUACCGUGUUGCGAAUCUUGUUGCUGCGCUGGAUAAGCUCAAAGCUCAACUGGCUGAUGCCGAUGAUUCUGGCAAGGGUGAUUCAUCUGUAUCUGACACCCAGGAAGUAGGUGCUCUUCAUUCAACAAGUGCUGUAAAGAGUUUGGACGACUCUGGCAAGGGUUUCUACAAGAACCUGGCUCUCUCUGUGUGCCGUUCAAAGCCUGCUCACAUCAACCCUCAUCGUGCAGCUACACUGCUCAUAUGCCUUGAGCCAGAUGAUAUUGAGAGCAUUCUCAAUGAUCCGGAUUUCAAUGUUGAACUGCUUUCUGCUUGUGUGGAGGCUGGCAUCAAUGAUACUGGGACUGUUCUAUCUAGUCGUGAAUCCAUUGCUGCACUGGAGGAUGUGUUGGCCGGUGUUCAGGCAUCUCCGCUCAAAUCAUCACAACAGACAGUUGUGAAUGAUCGCACUCCGCUGCUGCAUGCUGCUAUCAAUACUUGCUUCAGGAGAAUGGAAGAGUUCCUAGCCAUUACAGAUGUUACGUGUCAACAUCUCAGCACGGGAUGUCAUCUUGGAGCAGCACUGGUUUCAUUUUGUCUCCAGUCUGGUGCUCUGCCGAAAAGGUGCAGCAAACUUGAGCCGGGCCAACACACCACUGCUGUCAAAUUCACUCUUCUUUUAGUGCAGCUUCUUGUCAAGGAAAUCCAGCGUGCCAGAAUGCCAAGUUGUCUGGAUGUAUCGCGAUGUCUCAAGUGUCUGCUAGUGAUUUUAUUACAUGAGGACAUGUUUGAUCAGCUGAACAAGAGCACUCCUGUAGCGGAUAUCUGCCAGCUGAUCAGCAACGCUCAUUUUCUACUUGAAGCACUUGUACUACCUGCUGGAAUGCACCUAGUAGCAUCUUUCAGUUCAAGUAACAGUGAUGAUGAGAGGCAAGCAUCAUCUCCAGACACACCAUCAGAGGGAGACAGCGAGCAGAGCGGUAUCUCUCAAGCAAGAGAGCAUGCCUGCGACAUGAUGCUCGCUCUGAAAGACUACCUGCAGACAUGCAUGCCAUCAGCCAUGUUCAGUCAUGUUCAGCCGCCGUACUUCCUGCGUGACAUUCUUCACAAAUGUGUAGUGUGCUUGUGUCGCUUGUCACUUGUAAAUAACUACUGUCGAACACCACCGCUAGCCUGGAAGAUGGGCUGGGCUGAUGCACUGGCAUUGUCAUCAGGAAACAACCCAUUACCACCACUGCCGGCUGACUUGCUGCGAGAGAGAGAUCUUCUUGUUGACUUCAUUUGGAGAGCUAACGUACUCGGUUGGACAGGUCGCUUACAGUUUGAAGAGACAUGGACGUCAUUGCUCGGUAUGCUGAUCAGUAGUCCGCAGCUCGCCGACUAUCCACCUGAGGAGCAAGUGGAGUCUAUUCAGAUGUCCUGUCUAACAGUGAUUGGUAUCGCUAGUCUAUUGGUUGCUAGUAACCUGACACCGCGCACUGGUCAUCCACCAGCGGCGGUACACUAUCAUCAGCCCAGACAACAGGAGUUACCCUUCCUUGGUGGACGGGCUGGAAAGCGCUUGUGUGAGGUGUGCCAGUCUGUGGAUCGAUUCCUGAAUGGUUCUGUGUCAUCGGCAAGCGCGCAGCCAUCAGGUAGCUUCACGUCGGCACUCGGGAUAACUUGGACAAGCGACUCCAAUUCUAGUUACCUGCAACCAUCGAGGCCUGUGAUCUUCACGCGUAACCUAGACAGGCCGUUAGGUUUCACUGCCUAUGGGUUUGGUCAGUUUUCUGUCAACUAUCUCAACUUGCAAGUCGUUUCAUCUGACAUACGUUGGGAUAAUGCCAACUCAGAUGAUGCAGAGGAUACGAGUGGUAGUGUGUCACCGACGCGUCGUCACAGUGCUCAAGCCAUAUCUAAGGAGGCAGUCGAUGUCAAUUCCUGUAUUCAACUGAUGGAAGAUCUCAUCUCACAAUGGCUGACAGCGGCUUCAUCCAGUGCACACUCUGAUGCACGACCGCCACUCUAUCUUCAGCUGCAUGCUGCUCGUGCCGCCACCAUACUCUCGGAUCUCUUUUCUGAGAUGCAACACUUCACCUGGUUGCUCAAGAUGUAUUUGAAUCUAGCACCGGUUGUGAUUGGUGGCCAAGAUGAUGAUCUUCUAUUACAACACCUAGUUGUGGGAAUAUGCCGUGCUGCCGCUGUGUGCCGAGCGGAUGGUAAUGCUGCUGAGCGUGUCAGUCAGUGCGUGGAGACUGCACUGCGGUCAUCCCUGGCCUCCACUCAGGUGUGUGGUCUGCAAGGCAGUCUGUAUGUUUUGGAGUCCAGGUGUGGUGCAGAUCUCAAGGUGUUGCUUCCGUGCAUGAUUGACUUCAUCUCCUCUCAUCUUCUGGGGAAGCUAAGCUCUGCAUCGCACAGUGAACAGCUACUGCUCUCCACGUGGGCAGCUGCGUUUGUCAUUGUAGAGCGCUACUCACAUGAGCUGAAGGACAACACCUUUGUCAGCCGUCUUGUUCAGGCUGCUAUCAAGGUAGUGCUGGACUGUUCAGAGUCAGUUACACCGUCGGUUCACCACUGUAUACUGCAAGGCUUGCAACGUCUUCUACUGUCUUUCAGUCUGGCCAAGCAAGACUCUCAAGCUGUCAUGCAACUUGCUAUCAAACGGUUGAACAUGUCGCAUAGUCAGUGUGUGGCUUCUGCACUCAGCCUACUAUUGACAUGCAUGUACACAGGCAAGGACAUUGACCGUCUCAUUGGUGUUAGUUUGGACUCAGUGGAGACGGAGGAGGAGAUGAUGGCGCUGCGAGAUGCAGCUUUUGUUUCGCUGGAGAAGGUCACCAUCUUGUUUGACAGGAUGAGGAAGAGCUUUGCAUGCGAUGCAAAGAUGGUAGCGUCAGUGGUACCACUGUUGCUUGAAGACUUUGUAGAUACUACCCAAGCUAUGAAUAAGAUGGUGUCAGAAGUCUUGACUCAACAUCAACCACAUCCGGUUAUCCUUGCUGUUAUCAUGGCUCAGGCAUUUGACACACUCCGUCGUCGUGGCCUGUUCCAUGAGAUCCGAGAUUGGGUUAUCUUAUCACUGGGUAGCUUUAUACAAAGGUCCCCAGUGGAGACAGCCAUCUGGAGUUUGUCCUGCUUAUUUGUCAGUGCUGCCAACACGCAGUUUGUCUACAGCCUCUUUCCGUACUUGUUGGGUCGUCUUGGUUGUGUGCAAGCUGAUGACCGCAAGGUGUUCCUCAUGGCUGCUGUUGACUUCUACUCCAACCAGAAUCUGCUGGAUGAGCAGCGAAGUAUCUUCAAGGAAGCUUUUCAACUCCACUCGCCCAAAUCAUCUGUCUACUCCGAGUUGCUUGAAGAGCUGUCAGUAUUAGUGAAGUAGUCACUGCUGUUAGCAUUGGCGAGGCAGUCACUCUUUUGAUUUCCGGGCUGAAACCCUGUUGCACUGGCUCGACUGCAGAUGCCUGGGAUUCUUGCAACUGCAACGCAGCGACAUUGUUAGCUUUUAUUGCUUUUUACCUGCUGGCUCAGGGUUCUUGUUUGUUUGGUAUGUUUUUGCUAUUUUUGAAUUUUGACAAGCUUUGGAAUGAGCUCUAGCUCUGAUCUUGCAGAUUGGAAUUACAUCUGACUAUUUACCUGCAUAAAAAUUCUUCAUGGAACACAUCUCCUGUUUUCCCACAAGAUUUAUUUUCAAUCCCCUUUACCCGUUUCAUGUAGUACGCGCAUGAUCUGUGUUGAAUGUGUGUCUUCAUGUCCGUAAUAGGUAGGACCACUGCUGCACAGCCCAGCCUGUACUGUGACAAUGAUUGGUGGUGUAUUGGACCGCCAGGCCAAACCACCGUGCUGUGCUCAAUUAGCUCACUUGGCUGUUUGCGAUUGCUGCCAAUCCUUCAAGCAUGACACUUUAUUUUACUAUUAUUCCGCUGAACCUAGUUUAUUUUCAAAGUUUAAAAGUGACUAAGUGAUUUUCUUGACACUUCAUGCACUUCAUACAGCAUAGUCCACUUUGUCUGAAUACAUGUAGUAUUCGAGUUCUUCUUCAGUGAGAGAUAAGCGGCACUUCUAAGCAAUGCUUCACCAUA